ACAUUACUAAAUCCUGAUUGUGAAUGAAUCUCGUCAUGGAAAGAAAACAAACAGUUUUCUAGCGAGAUUCCAGCCGAAUUUUCAUCGUCUCGAGCGUCCAGAAGUGUCCAGCCAUGUUUCGCUUCCUCGGACUCUGCGGCAACAUAGCCUCCACCUUCACAGAACCGCUCGUUCGCGGCGCGUGUUCGCUCUACCGGAUGCACCGGACGGGUCCUCUGAUCAAAGUUCGGCCGCCGCGGCAGCCCCUGGACGGCAAGCCGAUGGCCAAGGGCGUCGUGCUGCGCACGCUGAUCAAGAAGCCGAAGAAGCCCAACUCGGCGAACCGCAAGUGCGUGCUCGUGCGGCUGAGCACCGGCAAGGAGAUGGUCGCCUACAUCCCCGGCGAAGGGCACAACCUGCAAGAGCACAACGUCGUGCUCGUCCGGUGUGGCAGGACCAACGACCUGCCGGGGGUCAAGAUCAAGUGCAUCAGGGGAAAGUACGACCUCGGGCACGUCAUCAAGAACAAUUAAUCGUGCGAAUUUAAAUAUUUCUCCGCCUGUUAUAGUGAAUUUGUUAAUAAAAGACUCUGAUUAGA